CCUUCUCACCUCUCACACACAAAACAUUUCUUCCAUUUUCAGUUCCUCACAAUAUCCUCCCCUUCCUUCUUUCCAUAUACUCUUCAAAUCUCUCAAUCCAAAUUAAUUAACGAAUGGGUUUCCUGAUCCAAUCAUAUAAUAGCUCCUCAAUCUUCCAAGCCCAUCAAUCAUUUCAAAAAUAAUUUCUGGAAAUCAUCGGUUUUUCUUUGAAGAAAUCAUGAUGGCAACCAGAGGAUCUUCGAACACUGAAGUAGUGAUGAUGGAAGUUGAAGCAAACAAGCCGCAGGCGGGGAACGGAAUAGUGGUCGGAGGGUUGAGUCCGUUAAGCGAGACGAUUUGGAAGGAGAAAACGACGACGGAUAUGGUGGGAGAUGUGUCGGCGAAACUGGCGUGGAAGGAUCUGACGGUGAUGGUGACGUUGAGUAACGGCGAGACUCAAAAUGUGUUGGAAGGGCUAACGGGAUACGCCGAGCCGGGGACGUUUACGGCUCUCAUGGGUCCUUCCGGCUCCGGCAAGUCGACUUUGCUUGAUGCUCUUUCCAGCCGGCUUGCAACCAAUGCUUUCCUUUCUGGAAGUGUCUUCCUUAACGGCCGUAAAACAAAACUAUCCUUUGGCACUGCUGCUUAUGUAACACAAGAUGAUAACUUGAUUGGGACACUUACGGUUCGCGAAACCAUCUCGUAUUCGGCAAGACUACGUCUCCCCGAUAAGAUGCCAUGGUCUGACAAGCGUGCAUUGGUUGAAAGCACCAUCGUGGAAAUGGGGCUUCAAGAUUGUGCGGAUACAGUGAUCGGCAAUUGGCACUUGCGAGGUAUUAGCGGCGGUGAAAAACGGAGAGUCAGCAUUGCCCUCGAAAUCUUGAUGAGACCAAGAUUGCUUUUCCUUGACGAACCAACUAGCGGCCUUGAUAGUGCUUCGGCGUUCUUCGUUACUCAGACAUUAAGAGGUUUGUCUAGAGAUGGCAGGACUGUAAUCGCUUCAAUUCAUCAACCGAGCAGUGAAGUUUUCGAGCUAUUCGACCGUUUGUACUUGCUUUCCGGAGGAAAAACCGUUUAUUUUGGUCUUGCAUCUGAAGCUUAUGAGUUCUUCGCGCAUGCUGGUUUUCCUUGCCCGACGCUUAGAAACCCAUCGGAUCAUUUCUUGCGUUGCAUCAAUUCCGAUUUUGACAAAGUGAAGGCCACUUUGAAAGGAUCCAUGAAACUUCGGUUUGAAGCGAGUGAUGAUCCUUUGGAGAAGGUAACCACCGUUGAAGCUAUCCGAGCUCUUACGGAUUACUAUCGAACCUCUCAGUAUUGUUAUGCAGCUAACGAGAAAGUACAGGAGAUGUCGAAAAUUAAAGGAACGGUGUUGGAUUCAGGCGGCAGUCAGGCGAGUUUCUUUAUGCAAUCAUUUAUGUUAACGAAACGAUCGUUCAUCAACAUGUCGAGGGACUUCGGUUACUAUUGGUUAAGGCUCGUAAUAUAUGUUUUGGUCACCGUCUGCAUUGGAACCAUUUAUUUGAAUGUCGGGACGGGCUACAAUUCAAUUCUGGCAAGAGGAGCGUGUGCCUCGUUCGUGUUUGGUUUUGUGACAUUCAUGUCGAUCGGAGGGUUUCCUUCAUUCGUGGAAGACAUGAAGGUGUUUCAAAGAGAACGAUUGAAUGGUCACUAUGGUGUGACCGCGUUCGUGAUCAGCAACACGAUAUCCGCGAUGCCAUUUCUGAUUUUGAUCACGUUCAUCUCCGGAACAAUCUGCUAUUUUAUGGUUCGAUUGCACCCUGGAUUUAUGCACUAUUUGUUCUUUGUGUUGUGCCUAUAUGCAAGUGUAACCGUGGUCGAAAGUCUCAUGAUGGCCAUCGCUAGUGUCGUUCCCAACUUCCUCAUGGGCAUCAUCAUCGGGGCCGGAAUUCAGGGUAUAUUCAUGUUGGUAUCGGGCUAUUUCCGACUCCCUAACGAUAUCCCAAAACCUGUCUGGCGUUAUCCCAUGUCGUAUAUUAGUUUCCACUUCUGGGCUCUCCAGGGGCAAUACCAAAACGACUUGAACGGGUUGAUGUUUGACAACCAGACGCCCGAUCUACCGAAGAUCCCCGGGGAAUAUAUUCUUGAGUACGUGUUCCAGAUCACCAUAACGAGAUCAAAAUGGAUCGAUCUUAGUGUUAUUUUCAGCAUGAUCAUAAUCUACCGGAUCAUCUUCUUCUUAAUGAUCAAGAUCAACGAGGAUUUGACGCCUUGGAUCCGAGGCUAUUUGGCGAGAAAUCGGAUGAAGCAGAACGGAGUAGGUCAGAACACGACCGUGGCUCCAUAUGGUCUCACUCAAUCCCCAUCAUUGAGGACGUAUGUGGCGGAUCAUCGGAAGAGAUAAACUGAUCAGUAGACAAUGAUCGAUAAGUUUGUAGGUGCAUCGAAUGCUAUCGUGUUUGCAAUAUUAAGUAGAACAAAUUGAUCAUAUUUACGCCUGUAUAUCUAUGAGGAAUUCAAGCAUUCGUUACUCGUCCAUCCUAAUCUCUUUCUUCACCAAUCUCGGUCACGGACUAGGUUUCGAAUUCGAAUUGUAUCCAAAAUCAAAACUUAAAGAGCUUGUUUAAUAUAUAUGUAUACAUUAUAUUGUCAAGUGAAAAAGGGCAAA